CGUCCCCCUAAAACAACGUCACAUGCGGAACUGUCAACAUGGAGGAUGGCAGAGAAGCUUCCACGAAUUCACUUCUGAAAGAUGCAUGCUAUGCUGAUUUCCUGGCAGAUGACUUUGAUGUAAAGACGUACACGGCUCAGGCGAUACACCAUGCUGUUAUCGCAGAGCAGCUGGCCAAGCUGGCACAGGGCAUCAGUCAACUGGAUAAAGAGCUUCACAGCCAGGUUGUGGCUAGACAUGAGGACUUGCUAUCUCAAGCGACUGGGAUCGAGUCUCUUGAAGGGGUCCUACAAAUGAUGCAGACAAGGAUCAGUGCUCUGCAGGCAGCAGUCGACAGGAUAAGGGCUAAGAUCAUUGACCCGUACAACAAGAUCAUGGCUAGGAUUACACAGCUUGCCAGGCUACAGGUGGCCUGCGACCUUCUACGGCGGAUCAUUCGUAUCUUGUACCUGAGCAAGAGGCUCCAGGGUCAGCUCCAGGGAGGCAGCAGAGAGAUCACCAAAGCUGCUCAAAGCCUAAGUGAACUCGACUACCUGUCACAAGGCGUAGACCUGAGCGGCAUUGAGGUGAUUGAAAAUGACUUGCUGAUGAUUAGCAGAGCCAGACUGGAGGUGGAGAACCAAGCCAAGAGACUGCUGGAGCAGGGCAUGGAGAUACAGAAUCCAACCCAGGUUGGCACAGCCCUGCAGGUCUUCUACAACCUUGGAAGUUUGAGAGACACCAUCAGCGGUGUGGUGGGCGGAUACCACACCACCAUACAGGACAACAUCACCAAUGCUCUUGACAUCAAGGGCAUGACGCAGCCGGCGAACCCCAGAGGAGCUCCAGGUAGAGCAGUACUGCCAACACCAGGGAACACGGCUGCUUUCCGUGCCGCUCUGUGGACCAACCUGGAAAAACUGAUGGAUCAAAUAUGUGCUGCAUGCAGACAGGUGCAGCAUCUACAGAAGGUCCUGAUGAAGAAGAGAGACCCUGUCACUCAUGUGUGCUUCAUUGAUGAGAUAAGCAAGGAUGGCCAGCCUGAUAUCCUGUAUACCUUCUGGACUGAUGUAACAAACACACUGAGUGAGGAGUUUCACAGAGCAACUGAAGCCUCAUCAUUUCUAAAACAGGCAUUUGAAGGAGAGUACCCUAAACUGUUGCGUCUGUACAAUGAGCUGUGGCGCCGCUUGCAGCAGUACAGUGCCAGUCUGCAGGGAGUGCUCACAAGCAACGGGGGAAUGGAUGUGUCACUGGACAUCAUGUCCCAGGAAACAGACACCCAGGACCUCUUCACACAUGGCAAACAGGACUACAGUCCAGAGAAGGCCCUGAAGGACUCUCUGCAGCCUUAUGAAGCAGCGUACCUCUCCAAGUCCCUCUCUCGGCUGUUCGAUCCCAUCAACCUUGUGUUCCCUAUGGGUGGCCGCAACCCGCCCUCCAGUGAUGAGCUGGACAGCAUCAUCAAGACCAUCAGCAGUGAGUUAAAUGUAGCAUUGGUAGAUCCAGAUCUCACCCUGGCUGUGGCGAAGAAUGCUGCCAAGACUGUCCAACUGUUCUCUGUCAAGUCCGAACAGCUGUUGUGUACUCAGGGUGAUGCCAGUCAGGUGAUCGGUCCAUUAACAGAGGGUCAGAGGAGGAACGUGGCUGUGGUCAACUCCCUUUACCGUCUGCAGCAGGCUGUGGCCAAGAUUAUAUCAGGUUUGGGGACUUGUCCACCAGCUGCUGCAGAGGCCAUGUCUUCUUCUCUGGAGGGAGUGCAGGCGCUGAUGAGCAGCGCAGUGCAGCCUCUGCUGCAGUCAGUCAGUGACUCCAUAGAGGCCAUCAUCAUCACACUACACCAGGAGGACUUCUCGGGGCCUCUGUCCAGCCCUGACAAACCGGAUGUGCCCUGCUCCCUGUACAUGAAGGAGCUGCAGGGCUUCAUCUCCAGAGUAAUGAGCGACUACUUCAGACACGUCCAGUGUUCCGACUUCAUCUACCAGAGCACGGAGUCCAUCGCUCAGAGAGCCAUCGAGCUGUUCAUCCGCCAUGCCAGCCUGCUGCGCCCGUUGGGCGAGGGAGGCAAGAUGAGACUGGCUGCUGACUUUGCUCAGAUGGAGAUGGCAGUGGCUCCUCUGUGCAGGAGAGUGUCUGAUUUGGGGAAACCAUACAGGAUGCUGCGCUCCUUCAGACCACUGCUGUUUCAGACCAGUGAGCUGAUAGCCAACAGUCCAGCUGUGGGUGAUCUCAUCCCCUACAGCACCCUGCUGCACUUCCUCCUCACCAGAGCCCCGUCUGAACUCAAGUCACCUCAUCAGAGAGCGGAGUGGUCCAUUGCUCGUUACUCUCAGUGGCUGGAUGAUCAUCCUUCAGAGAGAGACAGACUCAGCCUCAUCAGGGGCGCUCUGGAGGCCUAUGUGCAGUCGGUGAGGACUCGGCAGGGGAAGGAGUUUGCGCCCGUCUAUCCCAUCAUGCUCCAGCUGCUGCAGAGAGCCACCAGUGGUUCACAGGAUGUCAGAGGCUGAAGAUGCUGUUGCUGCAUCAUUACCACAUGAGUGAGAGUGAAGGCGGAGCCUGAGUGGCUUCAUGUGAACUGACACAGCUUUAACUCAAAAAGCUGAAUAUUAUUGGAAUGGUUAAUCUCUGGUUUAGGGCAGCAACUGUCAUUGUUAAUUAAUUUAUCUGUAUUUUCUCAAUUUAUUUGUUAUUUGGUCAUUAAAAUGGUGAAAAGCCUCA